CUCAACAUAUGUCUCUUCCCCCACUGAAUAACACUUUCUGAUGAUGAAGAUGAUUGGCGUCGGAACCCUAACUUCUUCUUCUUCUUCUCCAUCUAAGAUCCUUCUCGAAGAUUUUACUCCACGGAUUUUUCGCUGUGGAACUGAGAUUUUCCCUUGUGUUCCAUGGAAAACUUUUCAUCCCUUCAAGUUUUUGCGUUUAGAUUCUGCUCCGCACAGGACUCUUAGGCCAACCCCGCUUCGUUCUUCUAUGGAUUCGCAGGUAAACGCAGAAGCUGCAGAUAUCGAAUCUCCUACGAAAACGGUUCGUGUAAGGUUCCAAUUGCGGAAAGAAUGUGUCUUUGGAGAACAUUUUUUCAUUCUUGGUGAUGAUCCUGUGUUUGGUGGCCUCUGGGAUCCGGAGACGGCUUUACCACUAAACUGGUCAGAUGGGAAUGUCUGGACCUUAGACCUGGAUCUGCCUGUUGGAAGAUUAGUUGAAUUCAAGUUCAUACUUAAGGCACAGACAGGGGAGAUCUUGUGGCAACCGGGUCCAAACCGGUUUCUUGAAACAUGGGAAACUAACAAAACAAUCAGGAUUUGUGAAGACUGGGAUAAUGCUGAUCUGCAAAUGAUGAUUGAGGAAGUGUAUGUGCCAUUCAAUCAAGAAGAUAAUAUCACUCACCCAAAACAAAGCGUGAGGCUUGACACCAGUCUUUCAUCAAAACGUGGAGAAGAGGGGGAUGAAGUGCUUGGUACUGCACAGCAAAACUCUUCAGCAGUAGUUGUAGAGAAUGCAGGAUACGUAAGUGAUGAACCUGCAGAAAAUUCGAGUUUUGAUAUCCAAAGUGAGAAAACUAUGGAAACUUCUAAUGGAGCUUUGACUGCUCGAGUUGUGACCAACGAAGCCAUGUUUACCGAGGAUGAAAGUCCAGUUUUGGUCCCUGGAUUGGUUCCUCUGUCUGACCUGGAAAAUGAAGAUGUGGAAGUUAUUAACGAAGGUAAAGCAGAAACGUUCCUGGAGGUAGAUAAGAAGCAAGAAACCAAAGGAGAAAGAAUCAAGAAAGAGAAAGUAAAAGCUAUUUCAUUAUUCGAUAAAUCAGAGCGAGAGGCAGUGAAAAGCGUAGAGCAGAGGCAAUACAAUGCAGUAGAGGAAGAGCAGCAGCGGCUAGAGACAGAGCCUCUUGGAACGCCGGAUGUUCUUUUAGAGAAUGAUAUCCAAUGGGGACGCAGAACACUUCACAAGCUUCUAAGCAACUUUAGACUUUUCUAAACUCAACGAAAGUUUUGAGUGCAUACAUUCAUCGGCAAAAGAGCCUCAAGAAGAUGAUUUUCCUCAUGGAUUUUAGACAGGUAGUCAAAACUGUUCUUAAAAGGUGCGCUACCUUCUUCUCUGUUCAUCUUUACGUUUUCUAAUCUAUGAGAAUUGAGAGUAGAUUGGAAUCAUGUUGUGCUGUCUCUGUAUAUAUGUAUGAUCAUAUGAUUUUGGUAAAGAGAGAGACGAAGAAAGAAGGAAUGUUAAGUACAUAGGAUGUAUCACGUGGAUCUAAUUCUCCUAUAUGUAUGUAAUUGCAUUGUUGUUACAUAAUGAUGAUGAUCAUGACUAUUAUAUGAUUGGUCUUAUAAUUUCAAUUUCUUACAUAA